AUGGCCGGUACACGGGAGAGAUGUGCUACCCAACGAGCCUCUGUAAUGCAGAGAUUUUUGGCUCGGGUGUUUAGAUGUAGGAGAAAUAAUCGACUUCACCCUAUAACGACUCCUCAGGAGGUUGUUGGUGGUGCCGCCACAUUGGAAAAAAAUGUGGAGAACCGGGUUAUUAUGGAAGGUUAUUUGUUCAAGAGGGCCAGUAAUGUCUUUAAAACAUGGAACAGGUGCUGGUUUAUUAUUCAGAACAACCAGCUAGUGUAUAAGAAGAAGUUUAAGCGUAACCCCACUGUGGUGAUAGAAGAUCUGCGCCUGUGCACGGUUAAACAGUGUGAGAACAAGAGGCGCCAUUUUUGCUUUCAGGUGGUUUCACCUACAAAGACCUGUAUGUUGCAGGCUGAUUCAGAGGAGAACAGACAGUCCUGGAUCACAGCCAUACAGAACAUCAGUGCAAACACUGAUGACAAAAAAGAUGAAUCAGAGAUGCUGAACAAGUUGUCAUCAUCCAGUAAAACAUCAGUGUCAGAUCACAUCACUAAGCUAUUAGAUCAGGUCCUGGAUUUGAGUGACCAGCACAAACAGUUAAGAAGCUCCUCUGAAUCACGAACAUUAAGAGAUUCACAGACGGGAUACGAAGCAUCAGAGGAACCGACCACCAGCACUACCUCCAGCAACCCAAACCACACUGCUGGUGUGGACAGAAGGAGUACAGAAACACACUCCGUCCAGAGGACCUGCUCUGCUUCUGAAGGAGGCUGUGCUGCUGUUUAUGCUGGAUUUUGUAAGGCAGAUGGAAAACAGGUUGCUAUUAAGUAUGUGAGAAAGGAAACCGCUUUCAGAUUCAUCACCAUUCCUGGUGAGACAGACAGUCUUCCUGUAGAGGUGGCAUUAAUGCAAAUGGUGUGUAAGCCACCUCGCUGCAGACAUGUGCUGGAGCUUUUGGAAUGGUUCGAUACACCAGAGCACUACCUCUUGAUCCUGGAGCGACCAGUCCCCUGCAUGGAUCUAUUUGAUUACCGUCAAGGUGACUCACUGCCUGAACCAGUCGCUAAAAUCGUCAUGUGGCAGGUGGUUUUGGCUGCUCGUCACUGCCGUGAUCGCGGAGUUCUGCAUCGGGACAUCAAGGAGGAGAAUCUUCUCAUAAAUACAGAAACUUUGGAGGUGAAGCUGAUUGACUUUGGCUGUGGUGACUUGCUCAGGUCCACCCCUUACAGAAGAUAUUCAGGCACAACAGAAUACUGUCCACCUGAGUGGAUGAAGAAAGGUAAGUAUUGUGCUUGUCAUGUGACAGUGUGGAGUCUGGGUAUUCUUCUGUUUCUUUUAGUUUGUGGAGAGGUGCCAUUCUGCAGCAGAAGUGAGAUUGUUAAAGGACACCUGAGCUUCACACCUGAUGUGUCUCACUUGAAAACAGAAGAGAUCCAGAGAAUCAUCCCUGAACUUCAGAUAACCAGAAUUCCUCACCUAAAUACCUGGCAGGAGAAGAAGCAGCCGUAUUACAUCAGUGAGCCACCACAGCAUUUUACAAUGAAGAACGAGCAUUCCUGCAACAGAGCCUGAACAACUUCUAACCAGUGUGGACACAAUUAAUCAAAAACAUUCUAUAUUUAAUUCAGACAUUUUACUGGAUGUAUCUACUGUAUAUGUGUCACUCAUUGUUGAUAUGUAUUAUAUACGUAUUAAUAAAC